AUGGAAGGUCUCAAAAUCGACGAUGGUGCCCAGCCAUAUUCUUCUAUGGCUGGAAAGCUGGAUUCCAAGCUCCUGCAGGCUCUCGACGUGAUGGGCUUCGCGACCAUGACCCCCGUCCAACGUCGUGUUUUGACCGAACUUCCCAAUUGGCGCAGUGAUUGCCUCGUCCAGGCCAAGACUGGAACUGGAAAAACUCUCGCUUUCCUACUCCCGGCUUUGCACUGUCUUCUUCAAGGCAACUCAGUGCCAAGGGGCCAGGUCGCUAUCUUGAUCAUCACCCCGACCAGAGAGCUUGCACAACAAAUUGCCAAAUCAUGCGAUCAACUCACAUCACAACUCGCAAGGCCGCUGGAGUGCCAUAUCGCAGUUGGUGGUACUGCUCGUGCAUCGGCUCAUUCGCGCUUCAUGAAGGGCGCCCCAUCUGUUCUGGUGGCGACCCCUGGACGUCUCAAGGAUUAUCUUUCUGACGAGUCGACAGCUGAGAAGAUGGCCAACAUCCAAACUUUGGUUCUGGAUGAAGCGGACACCAUGCUUGAGUCUGGAUUUAUCGCCGAUGUGAAGCGGAUUCUUCAGCUCAUUCCUCACAAGAGCACCGGCUGGCAGGGCAUGUGUUUCUCGGCCACUGUUCCACCCAAGGUCAAGGACGUGAUCAGUAUUGUGUUGAAGCAAGGCUAUAGCAACAUUUCAACAAUCGAGAAGAACGAAACACCUACCCACGAGAGAGUUCCCCAAUACCACGUUCUAAUCUCCGGUGUGGCGCAGACCUUUACCUCUCUUGCCGCGCUCCUGAACCUCGAAAUUAAGAAGUGCUCCAAAAUCAUUGUUUUCGGAGUCACUGCCAACAUGGUUGCUCUUUUUGCCCGAGUUUUCUCCCAGGGCUUGACUCCUCUGAAGGUCUUCGAGAUUCACUCCAGACUUAAUCAGAAUGCUCGCACAAGAACCACCGCCCAGUUCAAGGAAGCGGAUUCGGGUGUUAUGUUUGCCUCGGAUGUCAUCGGUCGUGGAAUGGACUUCCCCAACGUCGAUCUAGUCAUCCAGGUUGGCUUGCCAUCGAACGGCGAGCAAUAUGUCCACCGUGUCGGUCGUACAGCUCGCGCCGGCAACGACGGCCGCGCUAUCAUCCUCCUCACUCAAGCCGAGUCUUUCUUUAUGAAAAUGAACCGCCACCUACCCAUCAAACCUCACCCUGACUCUGACAAGGUCAACGAGGACGCGCUCGCGUGUGCUAAUGGUGUCACCCAGGCCAUGUAUGCCGUUGAUGAGGAAACCAAGCAACGCGCUUAUUCUUCCUACAUCGGCUUCUUCGCUGGAUCCGGUCUUCUGAAGCAAGUUCGUCUCGACAAAGCCGGCCUUGUUCAACUCGCAAACGACUUAGCCAUCAACGGUAUGGCCUGCCCCGAGCCCUCCCCAAUGGACAAGAAGGUCGUCGGUAAGAUGGGCCUGAAGGGUGUCCCCGGAUUCAACUACGCAAGCGGAGCUGAUCUGAGAGGAGGCAAUUCCUCCCGGUCGCGCCCACGUGAACGUUCUAAGAGCAACGGUCGCGAUGCGCUGAGCCCCGGGGCUGGUCGCAAGGACCAAAGAGGCGCUAUCAAUAAGCGUGAAGGUCAAAAUGGCAGCGGUCGUGGAGGUGGCCGUGGAGGUGGUCGUGGACGGGGAGGACGUCGCGGUGGACGUGGUGGCGCGCAGUAG